CUGCAUAUAUUUCACUGAGAUCUCUAAAAUGUAGGAUAAUGCAUUUGAAUGAAUGUUUUAAAAGAAAAAAACAUUUAUUAUUAUUCAAAUGCACGUAAAACUAUGGCCCUACAUAACCUAUCCCAAUAACAAAAACAGUUAGUGUUUCAAGGACCUUAAUGGUUCCAAAUACUAAUUGUUAUUCAUGAUUAAAUAAAAUUUAAAGUUAAUAUAUAGGGUUGUGGACUACCCACAUUGUUUCAUGUUUAUCAAGGGCUUUUAUUAGUCCGGUAUAACUAAACAUUUUCUGCAAUUUGUAACACCGGGCACGCAGCGAAUCGGAGUAUCGCUUAAGAUAAACAGCAGGGCGAAACUAUACUAAGUUAUUGUUUGUAAUGUUUCCCCACAAAUAUCUUCAAUUCGCGCUUUACAUUGAAAUUGACCCUGGCUUUGAGGGGGGUGUUCUUUUUUCAGGCAGAAGACAAAAAGAAGCUGGUGAUUGACUAUUUCCUGGAGGGAGGUACCAUUGACAUCAUUUCAAGUGUUUGGAGUCCGGUUUGGAUUCGCUUCCAUUCCUGCGUCGUUCGUCCGUAGACCGGUUUCAGAACACGACCUAAAAUGGAUUCACACUGAAUACGGAUGAGAAGUUACCGCAACGCUCUGCUUUUAUUAUCAGAGAAACCAAACCUGAGGAGGUUAACCACAUUUCUUUCAGAAAUGAUUCAGAGGAAUGAGGUGGUACGCUUUGUCCUGGGGGAGCUGCAGGAGGCCACGGAGUGUGAGGGCCUGGACUCGCUGGUCAGGGUGGCCCAGGAAGUAGAGCGAGCCCUGGCUGCAUUUCUUCUCCCCACUACCCUCUGUGAGGAGUUCUUGGGUAAGGUGGAACUGGACCAGGUGGCCCACUGCCUCUAUCCCGGCGAUGCCCCCAAAGACAUGGUGCCGCUGGCCUGCAAAGGGGAGGGAAACCUUCUGUUUGAUGCAGCCAGCAUGCUGCUCUUGGGAAAUACAACCCUCAGUCUGGAGUUGCAAGUGAGGACUGUUGUGGAGAUGCUGCUUUGGAAGAGGUACUACCUGAAUGGGAUGAUAGACUCCAAGGUGAUGCUCCAGGCCGCUCGUUUUUCCCUGUGCACAGAGGAGUCGGUAGAGAUGCUCAACCUGCCCAUGGCUGUCCUGGAGGCCAUAUUUGAUGCAGACGUGAAAGCUUCCUGUUUCCCAGGCUCCUUUGCCAACAUGUGGCACAUUUAUGCCCUGGCGUCUGUCCUCAAGUGCAACAUCUACUCCAUCUACCCGAUGUACAACCUGAAGAUUCGGCCAUACUUCAACCGCCUCAUCCGUCCGAGGUCCUUGCCCCAGUAUUCCAGUCAUAUGACCCUCCAUAUCAUGUGGUCAGGGGAGUUAGAGUCUAUUUCUGUAUUCAAGCCCCAUCAUUUUGUGGCUUUAGUCCAGCUGUCUGACCUUCAGAAGGGAAGCUGUAAUGAUGAACAUCAAGGUCUGCCGCUAAAGACUUUAGAGCUUUUGAAUCAGGACCCUCAACUCUCUUACUCCAACCUCAAGGACCGGUACAACAUCACAAAGAGUACCUUUUACAGGUGGAAGAGGCAAACCCAGGAACAUCGGAAAAAAGCGGCUGCCAGGUAUGAAGCUAAGCAUUUCCUCCAGGCAUGUUACACAGAGGGAAAACUCUUACCUCUUCAUCAGUUCAAGGAGUUUUUCCCUGAUAUAUCUCGUUCAACAUAUUAUGCCUGGAAGCAUGAGCUGCAAGCGUCAGGUGGUUGCUUCUCAGUGAACGGUGAAGACGUGGGAUCUGGGGAAAGUUUUGAGCAGAACUCUUGGCCAUCCCCGGAAGGAAGCACCAAAAACCGCUGUGAUGGUUUACCUGGCCUAGUGAAUCAGUUGGGCGAGAAGGUCGGAGCGGAUCGAGCUCAAAACCUUGCUUUUAUGCAAGAGGCAAAGAGAUGCCUGCAGAGCUGCAUUGCUGUUAACACCUCCUUCCCAUACAGGAAUUUCAAGAGGAGUUUUCCUGGCAUCUCAAGGUCCACAUACUACAAUUGGAGGAGAGAGGCAAUGCAGGCCAAUCCUGGCUUCAAAGAUUCGUUGGGAAGCAGUGAAGAUGGCUCUGAUGCGGACCCUACUCAGCAUGAUGCCCAGUGGACCAGCACCCCAAGGGUGAAGGUCUGCAGACAAAAUCACAAGAGCUUUCAGACCUGCUAUCUUCGAAAGAAGAAACUGAGGGACGAAGCCAAGAGACGAGCCCAGAGGUCAAAGAUGACCUUUGCCAAGUUCAAGCUCAAGUACCCGUCUGUUUCAUCCUUCUCUUAUUGGAAAUGGAAGAAGGGUUUCAGCCAUGAGAAGGUGGCCAAAGAGCCUGUGACCUCAGCAUCUGAUUGGUCUGAAGUCUCAAAUGACCUGAAGGCACCAUCAAUGGAGCCGGAUGCUCUUCCAUUCGAGAAGAAUGUAGAGCAUCUGAAUGGUCACACCUUGAGCCCUUAUAAUGUUACCUUGUCAGGGUACACUGUCCCAGAGAAGCAUGCAGAAGAGCAGAUGUUUGUCAUGGAUGUGGUGGCCUUGGCUAACUUCAAGGCUAAAGCCAAGCUGUUCCUGCAGCAGCGUUUCGAGGAGAAGUCCUUCCCUACCUUCAAAGAGUUCAGGUCUUACUUUCCCCUCACCCCCCGUUCUACCUACUACAUGUGGAAGAGAGCAUUGCACCAUGGGCUUCCACUAGUUCAUGGCUGAUUGGUGGGUUGGGUUGGUGGUGGGGGAGGGGGGGUGUUGAGCUGGCAGUAGGUCUUAAAGGGUUUUUUUUUAUAAAGCUUUUUUUGGUAAUAGCCUCAAGUAGGAGAAGACGAGCUUUUUCAUGGGUUAGUUCAGCUGCAAUGGGCAGUCUCUUUGGAGUCAGGCAUCCAAGUGAAGUCUGAAAAUAUCUAAUUGCAGUUUCAGCAUCUUAAGUACCUCUUCACCUAUUCAGUGUUGCUUUCAACAUGUCGAAAUUUGCAUGUUUUUGAAACAAGACACUGACUCCACUUAAGAGGUGCUGAUGCCCUCUGGGCUGAAAGCAGUUUCAACUAGAUAAUGAAGGAUUGUCUUUGGAAACCUGGCUUUCUAAAAUCCCUUUUCACAAUUUGAAAGUGGUGGGUCUGGAAUCCCCUCCAACUCCAAAAUCAUGUUACAAUUCCCAUUAGUGUAAAGGAGAAAAUCACCCCCCCCCCCCCAAAAAAAAAUGUUUUUGUGACACUUCUCACUGAAAGUUUAAAGGGCAAAAUUGUUUCUCUGUUCACUGGGACUUUGAGUACUUAUUUCCUUGGUUUGGGGUAUUUCCUUUGAAUCUUUUGGUGAAAAUUGAGUAUUAUGAAUGUAUACCUGCUUUUUGAAUGUUACUCUUCCCUCCCCCGUGUGGAGAACGGUACUAAAGCUGUGUUAAAGGGGUACUUUUCUUUCCUGAAACCCUCUGUCCUUGAGUUUGGAAGCUUCGUAAGUAUCACACAAGUUGAAAUCGGCAGGAAUGAAAAGGACAUUGGCUAUGUUUGUGCUUUUGAAGACUAUUUGUGCCGAACUCUGGGUCCUGUUAGGAGACAAAGCAGAUGUAUGUAUAUACUGCACUAAGAAUUGCUCUUGAUGCGAGAAAUGCGGAGCGUGCUUGUGUUUGCUGUUCAAUCUUUAUCUUUUUAGAAUUCUCUCCAUGAUGUUUGUUUCCCAUCUGAGAGAUUCGUCCACUAUUCAGGGUUAUAUUAGUCCAAAAGAUGUAAAGUAUAUUUUUCUAUUUUAAUUUUCUGAAAAUCAAGCUUAUUUCUUUUCUCUCUGGUUUCGAUUUAGGGUUACCGUGGUCAUAUGGGACAUUUUAUUUGAUUUUAUAUUGAAUUAUGUUAUGAGCUCCAGGAUUCUACGUGAAGAACGUCCCCCCCCCCCAGAUAUUGGGUAACAUGAAGUAAAUGGGUUCCUGUUCUUGGAUUGUUCCUCUGAAUCACUUUUUCUUGUAUUUUUUUUUCACUUGAUUUGUGCAUGACCAAAACGAACAGUGUAAAUAUACGUAUAUCUUCAGUGGAAUGGGGAACAUGAUUUUCAGUGUGAAACCGGGAAAUCAAUAAACUGUCCACUUAA